GAUUAGGCAAAACGACAUCGUCCGCUCCCCACAGUCAAAAUCUUCUCGACCCAAUUUCCUUCACCCUGCAAAAUUGAAGAGUUUGGUGGCUUGAUGGAGGGUAACAACAAGAAGGGGUACGCGUGGGCAAUCUCAGCCGGCCUGAACGCCGCUCUGGCUGCCGUUUCGGCGAAGCUCAUCACUCCUCAGAUUGUUAGGUAUGGUUUGGUGAUAUUGUUCAAUGCGACAAUGUGGGGAUGUUAUGUGAACAGCCUCAAAGCUCUGUCUUCUCUGCAAGCUACUGUCACAAAUUUUGCUGCAAACUUCCUGUCUUCUGGUCUAGCUGGAUACCUUUUGUUCAAAGAACCCUUAUCUUUUCAGUGGUUUGCAGGUGCCCUGCUCAUUGUAGUUGGUUCAUUCGUACUUAGUAAGUCAAGUAUUGAGAAGAAGGCCCAUACCCAUUAACAUUUCUGCAUUUCACUUCACCCUUGUGGUUGAGAUAUCAGAGAACUCUAGAUUUCCAUUUCUUUCCUCGUCCGACAAAAGUAGGGAGACAGAAGAGAUCUUCUGAGAAUGUACAUGUAUCUAAACAGUGAAAGAAUGAGUUUUAUGCUUACUGUCAUU